CAUCCGCUCUAAACAACCUCAUCAAAACUUCUUUCUGGUCAGAGCGAAGCAAAAAUUAUUAUUAACAAUUAUUAGCAAUCAAUAAUCUUGAUCACAUUAUGGCAAGCACUAUUAAGGAAGCACUAUCAGUGGUGAGUGAAGACCAGUCCUUGUUUGAGUGUGCCUACGUAUCGCCCCACCUUGCGAAGACAGAGAUGACCGCCUCCUCUUCCAGUGAAUAUGGGCAGACAUCAAAGAUGAGUCCACGUGUUCCCCAGCAAGACUGGUUAUCGCAGCCCCCAGCCAGAGUAACCAUCAAGAUGGAAUGUAACCCAAAUCAGGUUAACGGGUCAAGGAAUUCUCCUGAUGACUGCAGCGUGGCAAAAGGAGGGAAGAUGGUUAGCAGCUCAGACAAUGUUGGAAUGAACUAUGGAAGCUACAUGGAAGAGAAGCAUGUUCCACCCCCAAAUAUGACUACCAAUGAACGAAGAGUUAUUGUGCCAGCAGAUCCUACGUUAUGGAGCACAGACCAUGUACGCCAAUGGCUGGAGUGGGCAGUGAAGGAAUAUGGUCUCCCAGACGUGGACAUCUUGCUAUUCCAGAACAUCGAUGGGAAGGAGCUGUGUAAAAUGACCAAAGAUGACUUCCAGAGACUCACUCCAAGUUAUAACGCAGAUAUCCUCCUGUCACACCUACACUACCUCAGAGAGACUCCUCUUCCACAUUUGACUUCAGAUGAUGUUGAUAAGGCCUUACAAAACUCUCCACGGUUAAUGCAUGCUAGAAACACAGGAGGUGCCACUUUUAUUUUUCCAAAUACAUCGGUUUAUCCAGAAGCAACACAAAGAAUUACAACCAGGCCAGAUUUGCCUUAUGAACAAGCCAGGAGAUCAGCAUGGACAGGUCACAGCCACCCCACUCCCCCGUCAAAAGCUACUCAGCCAUCAUCUUCAACAGUGCCCAAAACAGAAGACCAGCGUCCUCAGUUAGAUCCUUAUCAGAUUCUUGGACCAACCAGCAGCCGUCUUGCAAAUCCAGGGAGCGGGCAGAUACAGCUAUGGCAGUUCCUGCUGGAGCUCCUCUCGGACAGCUCCAACUCCAACUGCAUCACCUGGGAGGGCACCAAUGGGGAGUUCAAGAUGACUGACCCCGACGAAGUGGCUCGUCGCUGGGGGGAACGGAAAAGCAAGCCCAACAUGAACUAUGACAAACUCAGCCGCGCACUGCGCUACUACUACGAUAAAAAUAUUAUGACUAAAGUUCAUGGUAAGCGCUACGCCUACAAAUUUGAUUUCCAUGGAAUCGCUCAGGCCCUCCAGCCUCACCCUCCGGAAUCAUCCAUGUACAAAUACCCAUCAGACCUUCCCUACAUGAGCUCCUAUCACGCACACCCUCAGAAGAUGAACUUUGUAGCUCCCCAUCCCCCUGCUUUGCCCGUAACCUCGUCCAGCUUUUUCGCUGCCCCUAAUCCAUACUGGAAUUCACCAACUGGAGGCAUCUACCCCAACACCAGGCUGCCAGCUGCUCACAUGCCUUCUCAUCUUGGCACCUACUACUAAGUGGUGGAAAAAAGAAUCCCAGAAAAAACAGAGACACUUCUCAGUGGGAUGCAGUCCCCAAUGAAUUGCAAUGAACUCUAUUGGAGUACACAGCUUAAAAGUGCCUAAAGAGACAAGUGAAGGUUUGGUUGGGAAAAAACAUGUUAAAAAAAAAAAAGAUGUCAAAAAGACUCUUUGUAGUGUACAUUUAAAGGAGAUAUUCCAGAAGUAUAAAGAUACUAAAAUGUAAUGUAUAUGGGUGUUGACUCUGUGGACCAAACAACAAUAGACUAUUGUAGGUAAAAGCAUGAAAUGGUAAGGAAGACCUACAAAAGCUAAUGGUCUUAAAAGGUUGAUAAGCUUAUGUGUAAAGUUUGAUAUCUUGCUAAUGCAAAACUGGGACUAUACUACAGCAAUAUAAGGAUAAGUCUAUAGUGACCUAACAUAUGAAUCAUUACAAAAGAGGGGGGAAAAA